UCCCGGACACGAUGGUGCCUGGAAUGAUAGUCAGCUACAAGAGAUGGCCCAGCUGAGGAUUAAACACCAAGAAGAACUGACCGAACUACACAAGAAGCGUGGGGAGUUAGCUCAAUUGGUGAUUGACCUGAAUAACCAAAUGCAGCAGAAGGACAGGGAGAUGCAGAUGAAUGAAGCAAAAAUUGCAGAAUGCUUGCAGACUAUCUCUGACCUGGAGACGGAGUGCCAAGAACUACGCAGUAAGCUUCAGGACCUCGAAAGAGCCAACCAGACUCUGAAGGACGAAUAUGAUGCCCUGCAGAUCACGUUUACUGCCUUGGAGGAGAAACUGAGGAAAACUACUGAAGAGAACCAGGAGCUGGUCACCAGGUGGAUGGCCGAGAAAGCCCAGGAAGCCAAUCGCCUAAAUGCAGAGAAUGAAAAAGAUUCAAGGAGGCGGCAAGCCCGGCUGCAGAAGGAGCUUGCAGAAGCAGCAAAGGAACCUCUGCCCGUUGAACAGGAUGAUGACAUUGAAGUCAUUGUGGACGAAACCUCUGAUCACACGGAGGAGACGUCUCCCGUGCGGGCCAUCAGCAGAGCGACCAGUAAGCGACUCUCGCAGCCUGCUGGAGGCCUUCUGGAUUCUAUCACUAAUAUCUUUGGUCUGUCCGAGUCUCCCCUUCUGGGACAUCACUCUCCUGAUGCUGCCAGGAGGCGCUCUGUCUCUUCCUUUCCAGUUCCCCAGGAUAAUGUGGAUCCUCAUCCUGGUUCUAGCAAAGAAGUGAGAGUGCCAACAGCAGCGACGUGUGUCUUCGUAAGUGCGGUUGAACCCCACGUGCCACCAAGCCUUGUGUGCUAA